AACGCGGCCGCGCCACAGUGCUCGGAGCACGCGUCUGGUCAGGACGGGACUGAGCGGUGCUGUGAGGAGUCUCCUCGCAGCCAACUCAUUCGUUGCUGACCCGAAGCGAUUCUGAGAGUUCUUUUUUUUGCAAGUUCCCUCGAGGCCAGACCCCAGGAGUUGGUGACCCGGAGGUUUUUCCGAGGCAUCCACACUCCCUGUGGGAGUGGCCCUCGAGGCCAGGCCACGGGCCUUGGUCACCUGCAGUCCCUGUGGAAGGUGCCCUCGAGGCCAGACCACGGGACUUGGUCACCUGCAGUCCCUGUGGAAGGUGCCCUCGCGGCAAUUUUUUGACAUUUGCCCACCAGGGUUUUUUCUAAGGCGUCUCUCGUGCAAGUUCCCUUGAGACCACACUGUGGGAUGGCAGGGAGACGCUUCAGCCUGUUCAGGUUGUUCAGGAGGAAGAGGAACGGGAGAGGCCCUGGGGCGGCCCCAGCACAGCAAGCUGAGGAGCCCCAGCAGCAGGAUCCAGGCCAGGACCGGACAGAGGAGCAGGACCGCCCCCGUGGCCGCUUCCGCAGAGCAGUUCAGAGGUUGCUGAAAAUCAUGCGCAUUCGGCGCAGAACACCCAGGAGCACACCACCCGAGCUCAUGGCAGAGCCUGACACCAGGCCAGCUGAGCUCAAGGAGAAGACUGAUGGCAGCACCGAGCUGAUCAAUCGCAUGGCAACCUCUGACACCGCUGUGACCGAGGACACGGCCAACCCUGACACCACACUGGCCGAUCUCAUUGUGAAGGACAUCACAGAACCCACUGAUUGCAGAGUAAAGCCUGACAACACUUUGGCUGAAGAUACAACCAGCUUUGACACCGCAGCCACUGAUGUCAUGGCCAAGGCCGACAUGGCGCCCAUGGCCAUUGAUGGCACAUCACACUCUGAGGUGGCACCGAUGGACGGCACAGCAAAGCCUGACACCGCUUUGCCUGGUGACAAAACCGGCUCCAACAUUGAUCUCGUGGCACAGGCUGACAUCACCCCGAUGCCGACUGAGGGCACAGCAAGCUCUGAUGAGGUACCGAUGGAUGACGCAGCAAACCCUGAGACUGCCAUGACCGACGCUGAAACCACAACAAGUGAUCUCAUGGCAGAGGGUGACACCACGAGUGAGGGCAUCGGAAACACUGACACCACGCCAGCUGAGAGUGUGACUGAUGCUCCCAAUGUGCAGUUUUUGGAGGGCAAAGGUGUCUCCAGUUGGAAGCCAGUGCCGGCCAUCGUUUGGUCCAUCCACCACGACCUCACAUUCCACGUGUCUCCACACACUGACAUCUGCAGGCUCGCUGAGGCACACCCACGUGAUGUGGUGAUGACUCUCCUGCGCUGUGCCCCAGAGUGUGACAGAGCUGCUGCAAUGAUGUGGAGAAGCAUCGGCUCCUCAGGAAGAGCAGUGGAGAAGGUGCUGCCAGUACUGCUCCGCGUGAUGGAGGAUUGGCCAGUGCAUGGAAUGCCCACCUCCGAUGGCGACAACAGAGACGUGUUUGCCCUGGCUGCAACCCUGGCACUGUGGCUGAUCAUCCAGGAGCCCAAGUGCCAGGAUGCAGUGAUGAAUUACAUCCCCCGCCUGCUCGUGGCUCUGCUGUUCCAAGUGUCCAUGAGCACAGAGCAGGUGCCAGAAGAGGUGAACAGCUUCUGGAGGGGAUGCCUGGAGCAACACCGCCUCCCCACCCAGCCCAACAGGUUUUUGGUCCAGACCAUCAAGGCCCUGCUGUGCCGGCUGCAGUGGGACAAUGAGGUGGUGUCAGUGGAGCGCAGGUGUGGCUGGGACACGCUCCUCUGUGCUGACACCCAGCACUAUGCAGUGGGGCUGCUGGCCAGGGAGAUGCGCCACGUCUUGGUCCCUUUCUAUUCCCCCAUGGCAAUCCACCUGCUGGGGCUGCUCAGCACUGAACACCCUCGUUGGGAGCUGCCUGCCCUGGCCUUCCUUGUGGAGGUCCUGGACUUUCUGGAUGGGAGUAAAUGUCGUGACAGGGUCCUGCCCAUCCUGUUGAGGAACCUGCAGAGCCAGUGCCCAGAGAGGCAGCGCCUGGCACUCAGAGGCCUCCUGGUGCUUGCUGUGGAUCCCUCAAUGGCCGAAAGCAUCUGCAGCCUGUCCCAACACCUCCUGGAGCUGCUGCCUGAUGCAGAUGGAGAGCUGGUUGUGAUGACCCUCUCUGUGUUUGAGAGUGUGCUCCGGGAUGAAGAUAUUCGGGCAUUCAUCUUCACUGCCCCCAAGCUGGCUGAGGCGCUCCGGACACUCUUUGACAAUGACAACACCCAUGUGCAGCUGCUCUCCAUUCGCCUCUUCCGAGAGGUAAUGGAGGUGCUGGCAGAAGAGGGAACACAGCUCUUGGAGACUCAGGUGCACCAGAGCCUGGUCCCACUCUUCAUCCAUGGGCAUGACGAGAACCAGUGCGUGGCAGAGGCCUCUCGGGAAGUGCUGCUUUGCGCUGCCAGGUUCCUCAAGAGAAGGGACCUGGAGAAGCUGCUGAGGAAAGAGCAGCACUUCAAGUUCUGCGAUUGCCUGAUGGACAAGGACGUGAGCCGAAGGGCUGAACACCUGCACCAGGCCCUGCCCUACCUCCAGAGCCCACAGCAGCCCCUGCGAGAGGCGGCCGUCAGGUUCAUGGGGAUUGCUGCCUGGCACAUGCAAGACCUGCAGCUCCUCAUGAGGGCCUUUGAAGCCAUCAGCCAAGACGACUGCCCGUCCUACUGCACCAUGCGGACUGAAUUCUUGUCCGCUUUCAGACGGGCAGUAACAAAGUAAUCUCCAGCCAGACAACCUGCGUCCCUCCAACAGCACCGGAAGACCAAGGGACGAGACCACUUCUCAGCGGAGCUGGAGAUUCAGCUGAUGCUGGGCCCAACUGAGCCAGCCGGCAAGGCCAGGCAGCUCCUGGCCUGCCCAUCUCCAUGGACAGCCCCUUCCCUUCCCUUCUCUCCCCUUCCCUUCCCAAACCAUCCCAAACCUUCCCAAACCUUCUCUUCCCUUUCCAAACCAUCCCAAACAUUCCCAAACCUUCCCUUCCCUUCCCAAACCUUUUCUCCCCUUCCCUUCCCUUCCCAAACCAUCCCAAACCUUCCCAAACCUUCUCUUCCCUUCCCAAACCAUCCCAAACCUUCCCAAACCUUCUCUUCCCUUCCCAAACCAUCCCAAACCUUCCCAAACCUUCUCUUCCCUUCCCAAACCAUCCCAAACAUUCCCAAACCUUCUCUUCCCUUCCCAAACCAUCCCAAACAUUCCCAAACCUUUUCUUCCCUUCCCAAACCAUCCCAAACCUUCCCAAACCUUCUCUUCCCUU